UUAAGGCCUUGUUUGGUUUUGUGAAGGAAAAAAAAAUAUAUGGAGUUUUUCGUUUUCUAUGCAUUGUCACUCUGUUUGGUUGUUUAUGGAGUGGCAAAAGCUUUCCAUUCCAUUUGGUGGAGACCCAAAUUGGUGGAGAGACAGUUGAAAAGGCAAGGAAUUAGAGGGAGUGCCUACAAGCCUUGGGUUGGGGAUGCCAAAGAGUAUGUGAGGAUGAUCACUGAAGCCUGGGCCAACCCCAUGAGUCUAGACCAUCAGAUUGUUCAACGGGUAGAUCCGUUCACGGUGGUGAAUGCCCAAAAAUAUGGGAAAGUGUCGGUGUGCUGGUUCGGGACGAGUCCAAGGUUGACUGUGAAGGACCCGGAAAUGAUGAAAGAAAUACUAUCAAACAAGGUGGGUAGCUUUGAGAAGCCGCCAUUGAGCCCAGUUAUACUGAAGUUGACAAAGGGACUGACUACUCUCAAAGGGGAGGAGUGGGCUAAACAUAGGAGGAUUAUCAAUCCUGCUUUCCAUCUAGAAAGGCUCAAGGGAAUGAUGCCAGCAUUUAGUAUAAGUUGUGGCAACAUGAUAAAGCAGUGGAAGCAGAUGGGUACAGAUCAAGACAGAGUAGAAGUGGAUGUGUGGCCUGAACUUCAAAGACUAACGGCAGAUGUUAUAUCUCGGGCUGCUUUUGGCUCCAACUUUGAAGAAGGGAAGAAGAUUUUUGAACAUUUGAAACGGCUCACUCUUCUUACUCUAGAAGCCAUGCAAACCAUGUAUCUUCCUGGUUUCAGAUUUGUUCCAACAGUCAAGAACAGGAAGAGAGAUAAGCUGAACAAGGAGAUCAAAACUAUGAUAGGGAAUUUAAUUAUAAGAAAAGAGGAUUCCAUGAGAACACAGGAAGACAAUGUUGAAGACUUGUUGUGCCUGCUAUUGCAGUCAAAGAAGAAAGAAAAUCAACAUGGAGGUCAUGAUGGACUGACAAUUGAUGAAGUGAUGGAGGAGUGCAAGCAAUUCUACCUAGCAGGGCAGGAGACAACAGCAAGCUGGCUUACAUGGACAGUCAUAGUUUUGGCCAUGCACUCAGAAUGGCAAGAAAAGGCUAGGCAGGAAGUCUUGCAAGUUUGUGGAAAGAAAGAACCAAAUUUUGAAUCUUUGAGCCACCUCAAAAUUGUUACUAUGAUACUUUAUGAGGUCCUGAGGUUGUACCCACCAGUUAUUGGUCAAUAUCAACAUACUUAUGCAGAAACUAAGAUAGGUGAACUUUUAAUACCAGCUGGGGUUGAUGUUACCUUACCUACACUGCUCAUUCACCAUGAUCCCGAGUACUGGGGAGACGAUGCAGACCAGUUCAAACCAGAGAGAUUUUCUGCAGGAGUUUCAAAGGCAAGCAAAGAUCAGUUGGCAUUCUUUCCCUUUGGCUGGGGACCAAGGACCUGCAUUGGACAAAACUUUGCUAUGUUAGAGGCUAAGGUUGCAUUGGCUAUGAUUCUACAGAAUUUCUCUUUUGAGCUUUCUCCCUCUUAUGCACAUGCUCCCUAUACUGUCAUGACUCUUCAACCACAACAUGGGGCACAGCUGACCCUUCACCAACUAUAGGCUGCAAAUGGACUACCACUACCACCACCUUUGAGAGAGAGAAAAUGUUUGACAUUUCACAAUCAGAAGUGCUUUUACAAAGAAAUAAUGAGCAUUUAUUUUUUCUUGAGAUAUCUUUCAAAUUACCUAGUCUUGUACUGUACUUGUUCCCCUGUAGGAACAGAUGAGAAUCUAUCAGUAAAAUGAUUUCAUGAAAGUGCCAUUUUUAACCAAUAAUCGUGCAAAGUGAGAAAAUAUUUAGUUGCCACAAUUAAUCAUCU